GCCGGAUUGCCGCCAAAACUACGAGUGUUCAGUCUCUCUCAUCACCGAUCGAACUUUUUUUUACUUUGAACGAGUAAAAAGUCAUUUACCAAGAUGCCAGGCGCCGAAAAUUGCACUUUGAGGUACGUCAAGAUGACUGAAAAAGCCUUUGCACCCGAAAAAGGUUCAGCUCUGUCUGCAGGCUACGAUUUGAGAAGUGCUUAUGAUCAUGUAGUACCAGCCAGAGGAAAAACUCUUAUCAAAACGGAUUUGAAAUUCGCUGUACCUGAGGGUUGUUAUGGUAGAGUAGCACCGAGGUCAGGCUUGGCCCUAAAAAACUUCAUAGACGUUGGUGCUGGAGUCGUUGAUGCAGACUACAGAGGCGAAGUAGGAGUAGUUUUGUUUAACCAUAGUGAUACUGAUUUUAUUGUCAAGCCUGGAGAUCGUAUUGCUCAAUUUAUCUGUGAAAAAAUAGCUUAUCCAACUUUAGAACACGUUGAAGCAUUAGAUGACACAAAGAGAGGAGCAGGUGGUUUUGGUUCAACUGGAGUGAACUAGACUACUAAUCAUACAUUUAAUAUCAUUGUUAUUACUAAUCCUAAAGUUGAAGUUAAUUAUUUUUAUAC